GGUGGCUUAUAUAUUCGUCUGUUUUCCACUAUAACUCAGUCAAAUUUGAACCAAUUGACACAACUUUUGGAAUGUGGUGAGAUAGGUAUAGUAUCUACCCGUGUACAACAUUUCAAGUCAAUUAGUUCAAAAUUGACUGAGUUAUAGUGGAAAACAGACGAAUAUAGAAGCCACCGCCCAAGUGGCGCGAUACCCUAUGUAAUUAAAAUACAAAUUUGCAAACUGGUUAAUAGCAAUCGCACUAGUAUGUACCUACUGCCAGCAGCGCGGUCGAGUAUCAAUCGUUUCGAUCGAAACAAAACAACCAUCUCAUAUGAUCUCGCAGGCAGUGGAUGUGUCCAAACCGACCGCGGGCCAUAGCAUGUGUUAUCAGUAGUGUUGCUCUCUCAGUUCACUUGAAGCCGUCAUCCCACGUAGCAGUACUGUGAAAUAAAUUCUACGCUGCCUCUCCACUAAGCACUAAUUUAGUAAUUAGUCCGGCACUGAGCUAGACAAAAUGAAACUCAAACUCGGAGCACUACUCGUUAUGAUAUUCAUAAGCUGCCGGCCUUCGACCGCCAUCGAAAGGAUCCAUUCGUGUUUUCCGGGCAGCUUCAAAGACAUCUGCAUUCUAGGUCAUGUGUUCUACAAUCGAUCGAACGACAUCAGGCACAUAUUCCCGCAAAAUUACUCCAUAAUUCGUGUUGGGAACGAUGGCUGGGCAAAGGGGAUAGAUUCCGUGAUCGGAGUGUUCGACGGACAGCUGUACGCGGAACUUGGCCAUCCGUCGGCGGUGGAGAUUCUGGACGCCGAGGUAGAAACGCUGGAAAUACCCCGUGCCCUACGUCACGCCAACUUUGCCGACAACCGAUUGAAGACAUUCUGGAUCGAGCAUGGUGACGCCGAGCCUUCGUUGUCGUAUCUCGAUCUAGGCCAGAACAGUAUAUCCAGUUUGAUUAACAUAUCCGCUUUCAUACACUUGGAAACGAUCUACCUGUACAACAACCGUAUAGAGGCCUUGGAGUUGAACGUGUUCAAGAACUUCGCCAAGCUCAAAAUGCUAAACCUCAACUACAACCAAGUGACUGCCCUUUCGGGAGACUACUUCCCACCAUCCCUGACCUACCUGGGACUCUACUACAACGAUAUGAAAACCUUGAACUACAGUGCCCUGCAGCUUCCCUCGUUGGAAACACUCAACAUUGAGCGGAAUUAUCUCAGCACCCUUGAUGUAGCUCGGCUGCUUCUCGGAUUACCGAAACUGCGAAUGCUCCGUCUAGGUCAUAAUCAGCUAUCUCACGAGACAGUUCUCUCGGCGCUGGAAUUGCUCAGACAGCACAACGUAAGCUUUCGGGACGAAUCGGAGGAGGUUUCCUGCUACUUCGACAGCGAGGAGAUCGAAGGAGUGUGCAUGGAACGACAGCCGAUAGGCAGCGGAUGGCCCAAGGCCGUUGUGCUCAGCAUCCUGACGAUUCUGGUUGCGACGUUGUUUGUGCUGGUUGUGCGCUGGGUGUUCAUUGCCAUGAACAAGUGACCUACUGGGCGUUGGAGGCUUAGUCAAAGUUGCUGCGAUGCUACAUAUUCAUAGGAAACGGAUUGGCAUUUGCAAAUCAGACAAAAGCGUGAUAAGACCAAAGGGUUGUUUACAAAACACGACAACAACGGGGUGUAUGAUACUGAUCGUUUUGGAUUGGACAGCACUGGCAAGGACGAGAACUUGAAGAAUAACUCUGUGAAAUAAGUGUACAUAAAGUAAAUAAAGUGUAAUCUCAUGUCGGAAAACUUUAAAGAUUCA